AGUAUUUCAAGGGCAAGAAACUCCAUGGGGAGAUGGACAUCAAAGUCGAACAGGCAGAGUUUGGUGACCUUAACUUGGUGGCUCAUGCCAAUGGCAACUUCUCUGUUGACAUGGAGGUUAUACGCAAUGGUGUCAAGGUGGUCAGGAGCCUGAAGCCUGACUUUGUGUUGAUCCGCCAGCAUGCCUUCAGCAUGGCACGUGGUGGAGACCAUCGAGGCAUCGUGAUUGGGCUGCAGUAUGCGGGGGUGCCCAGCGUCAAUUCCCUACACUCAGUGUACAAUUUUUGUGACAAGCCCUGGGUGUUUGCCCAGAUGGUUCGCCUCCAUCGCCAACUUGGACCGGAAGAAUUCCCACUCAUUGAGCAGACCUUCUAUCCCAAUCAUAAGGAGAUGCUCACAACCUCCAAGUACCCGGUGGUGGUGAAGAUGGGGCAUGCUCAUUCCGGAAUGGGCAAGGUCAAGGUGGAGAACCAAUAUGAUUUCCAGGACAUUGCCAGUGUGGUGGCCCUCACCAAAACCUAUGCCACUUCAGAGCCCUUUAUUGAUGCCAAAUAUGAUGUCCGUAUCCAGAAGAUUGGCAACAAUUACAAGGCCUACAUGAGGACUUCUGUUUCGGGCAACUGGAAGACCAACACUGGAUCUGCCAUGUUGGAGCAAAUAGCCAUGUCUGACAGGUACAAGCUUUGGGUGGACACUUGUUCAGAAAUAUUUGGUGGUUUGGAUAUCUGUGCAGUGGAAGCUCUGCAUGGCAAGGAUGGACGAGACCACAUCAUUGAGGUAGUGGGAUCAUCCAUGCCUCUGAUUGGAGACCACCAAGAUGAAGACAAGCACCUGAUUGUGGAGCUGGUCGUGACCCGCAUGGCCCAGGCUAUUCCUCGCACGCCUGUGCCCUCACCUGUGCGCUCUGCCUCAGGACAGCAUGCCCAGGCUCAGUCGGCUCAAGCUGGACCAAGACAAGGCCCUCCUGCCCAACAGAGACCACCGCCCCAGGGAGGACCACAGCAGCCACCUACAGGAUCCCAGAGGCCUCCAUCUCAACAGCGCCCCCCUCCCCAAGGCCAGCAGCUCUCCGGCCUCUCCCCACAACCAGGGGGUCCUGCCGGGGGUCAGCGCCUGCCGAGCCCCACCACCCAGCAGCCUCCGCCACAGGGACAGCAGCGUCCCAUAGGGCAGCGGCAGCCCGGCCCAGGAGCCCAGCAGUCUCGCCAGCAGGGGCCCCCAUCUGCCCCGCAGUCCCCACAGCCCCAGAGAGGGCCAAGCCCUGGUGGCGGAGGGCAACAGCAGCAGUGGCAACAAGGGGCCACUCCCCAACAGCAGCAACGUCCUGCAGGAGCAGGUCCCCUUAAGAGUGGGCAACAGCAGCAACCGCCACAACUGCCACAGCAGCAGCAGCGCCCACCGGCUGCAGGAGGACAACCCCGGCAACAUCCGCGGCAGGGCAGCCAGGGAGGGGUGUCUCAGCAGCGCCCGCCAGGGGCAGGAGCACAGCAGCAACGCCCAGUCCCACCCACAACCCAGCAGCCAAGGCCCAGCACUCAGGGGCAGGGGCCAGGGGGCCCAGGGCAACAAGGCAGCCGCCCUCCACCAAGUCAAGGAAAACCACAAGUGGCCCAGAAACCCAGCCAGGACCUGCCUCCGCCUCAGCCCCAGCUGAACAAAUCCCAGUCUCUGACCAAUACCUUCCCCCUUGCAGAGGCGCCGGUGCCACGGGGCAGCCUUAGUCAGGAUGAAGUGCGUGCCGAGAGCAUCCGCAGCCUCCGACAGAGCUUCGCCAGCCUCUUCUCCGACUGAGAGACUUCCCACCUUCACACCGCGAUCCUUGACCUCCUCCUUUCCCUGCUUCACAAUCUAGGACUCCUUCUGUAUCUACUGGGACUCUUCCCCCCCCCAUACUUCAUAUCCCACCUUGCACAGUAAUGCUUCAGCCCACCCCAAACUUCCUGUCUGAACCAGAAGGGUGGCCCCUUUCCACAGUGUCUGUUGAGGUCCUUCUCAGAACUUUCUCCUAAUCCCAUCAUCUCCUCUAGAUCUAGCCAACAGCAGUCCCAGGUAAGGGGGAGGGACCUUUUGAUGUCCAUGGGUGAAAGCACCUGCACCUACAGAGAGUCCACAGGCCUAAACAUGGGCCCAGCCAGGUCCAGAAAUGGGAUGCUGAUGAAUGGGAAGGUUUGUUGUUCAAACUUCUAAAAUAUUUAUCCAUGUCCCGCCUCUGUCCCCUUCAGGCCUUCCAUCAUGUAUUGGGAUACAUUUCUGAAGAAGGGAACCCACUCAUUUCCACUGAAAUGUCCACUAAACCCCCCUCUCCUCCCUCCCCCUAAAUCCUAUGGUUCCCAGUUCUCUCCUUCUUCGCUGUUUCAGAAAGUUAAUUCUCCUUACCCUUUGUAACCCACUUUUUCAGAACACUGCCCUCCUCCCCCCCCAAAAAAAAACAAAACAAAAAACCCCCCAGCCCACCCCACUUCCAACAUCCAUACUAGUCAAGAGUCCCCCUCUGCCUGUACUUUCACCGAAGUCCUCCUCUUGAAUUUGAGGCUGCAGGUUUUUCAAGUCCAAGUCUCUUCUACACGAAUAUGCAAAACUCUGUGCCCGGCU